GUACGCAUUUAUACUUUAUAGCGCAAAAGGGAAGAUUCGACGCAACAAAGUCGUCCCUCUCGUCAGCUAAAUGCUAUCUUUACAAUAGUAAUUCAAAUCCUCGUCAGCACAAAUUACCUCUUUGGGUACCUAAGUCUACUAUGAACGUCUCCUUCAGCGCGGGUAACCCAACGGAUGAUGCACAUCUACAACGGUGCUGGAGGAUCCAGAACUGCGCGGCCUGUCUGAAGAAGGAGUCGGACUGCAGUUGGUGUCCGUUCUCCUGGACAUGCGUUCCCAACUCGAACCGGAUCCAAUUACUCGCGCCGGCAUGGGACGAGAACGUAUGUCCGCACUGGGCUGAGCGGUGGGAAAUUCGUACUCGGCCGCUCGGCUGCCAGGUCUCUACCAUCACCACGCUGACUUCGCUUGUUUCUAUCGCAUCAACACUCAUCUUCGUGCUGCUCGUUACAUUGGUGGUGUUUGGGAUACAGAGGCUUAGGGAUUAUAGUAAGAAGAACCCAGGCUGGUGGAAGAUAUGGAAAUACGACUGGAGGCGUUGGAACGAACUUCGACAACAGUGGCUUCGUGUGAGGAUUGGAGAUCGAACCGGUACGGAAACUCGGGAAUCAAAUCGCGAACAGGAGCCAUUGCUACCGUCCUGAGUACGUAUAUAAAAGAGCAUAGCUAGGUCACAGGGAAACAAAGUC